UUAUUUCACUUGUACCAGUACGAAGCAACGGCCACCCACUGCCCUGUUCGAAGUUCGAACCUUAUCGACCAUGGCUGCUACAACUUGUAGUCUUUCAUCAAUCGCCUCACCAUUUCUUCCCCAGGCGUUUAGGUCAGUCGCCACACGAAUUCAAAUCACCCCAUCCCCAUGCUUAUCCAAAAUGAGGUUUCAACCCUUUCGUCUUCGGACACGGAGAAGUUUUGUUAUUCGAUGCGCUCGAACCGAAUCCAAAGUGGUCACGUUAGGUUCCAGAGCCCCAGAUUUUGAGCUUCCUGAACCUCUUACAGGCAAAGUAUGGAAAUUAGAAGAUUUUGAACCCUAUCCUGCUUUACUGGUUAUGUUUAUUUGUAAUCAUUGCCCAUUUGUUAUACACUUGAAAAAGGAUAUUGUGAAACUUUCGAAUUUCUAUAUGAAGAAAGGACUGGCUGUUGUAGCCAUAUCUUCAAACUCUGUAGCUACGCAUCCACAGGAUGGACCAGAGUUUAUGGCAGAAGAAGCAAAAGCUUUCAAAUACCCCUUUCCAUAUUUAUAUGAUGAUUCACAGGAAGUUGCAAGGGAUUUUGGUGCAGUUUGCACACCAGAGUUCUUUCUAUUCAAAAAGGAUGGGCGAAGGCCAUUUGAGUUGGUUUAUCACGGUCAAUUUGAUGAUUCUCGACCAUCAAAUAGCAAGCCUGUCACUGGGAGGGAUUUAAGUUUGGCAUUAGAUUGUGUUAUGAGUGGCCAACCAGUAUCCACAUUGCAGAAACCCAGUGUUGGAUGUAGUAUAAAAUGGCAUCCAUAGAAGAAGCAAUGAUUACUAAUCUCAUUUUCGGCUGCCCGAAGAUCAAAUUUCCGAGCAAAGGCAGUCAAUGCAACACAGAUUGUUAAAGCCGAACCAAAAAGCAAUGUGAUUUCUUGAAUCAUUUGAUCCAUCCUAUUCCUGUAAUGUUUUCUUUUCUUUUCUUUUCAUUUUUAUAGAGAUGUUUCCUUUUCUAUUGCCAGGGCCGUCAAAUGAAGAGAAAAAAAAAAAGUAUAUCGUUUUCUUUUUUCUGAUCCAAGUUCAGUACAAAUUUAACCGAGUGUAUCAUCCACAUUUUAUAAAAUGUAUGAAAUAUGCAAGUAAAUUUUAGUCUUGCUGCUUUGAUUGCUUCAUACCGGGGAACAAACCAUUUUGUGCUGAAAGCAAUAUUUUGUAGUACAUUUUGGUUGAUGAAAUAGAAAUUACAAUUAGUAUGAGAGCUUUCAAAUUAGAAUAUUACUUGAUAUGGUUAAUUAUGAAGAAACACAAAAUUUAGUUAACUGUGAACGUACCUUUCAAAUCAGUAAUAUGUUGGGAUGUUCGUCUUUUUUCCCCAUUUGUGGUAUAGCUUUGUCACAUUUUCAUGUCCAAGUAUAGGACUUCAUUGCAAAACUUAUCUUUACAGCUUGAUCUUGUCUAAUGCCAAUAGUUUGUCUUUCUAUGAUGUGUAUUUGUUUGUUGAGCUGCCUCCAGACAACUCAGUAGGUUAUGAAGGCAAAAAUUUCUUUUCAUGGGCCCCUCCCUAUAUUGGUUACACCAGCUGCUACCAAACUUAUGUUUCAUGAAGGUUUCUUGGUAAAGUAACAGCAGGUUUGAUUCCCUUUAGUUCAUUUAUGCAAUGGGAAAUACAGCAUUGCAAUCUGCAUCAGAAUGUAACAAGCUGGACGUACUCAGUGUGAAAAACGAGAGAGAGAUCUUCAAGCAGAAGUACAGAUUCAGCCCUGUCAUUAUUGCUGCUACAUACUUCCAACCUAUUCAAAUAAAUGUCAUACUUAACCAGGAAAUAAUAG